CUGACGUCAACAAGAACACUUUUCACGAUAGCAUUUUUAUUGUUGUUAUUUAGACGUUUAUAAACACACUGGAACUUAAAAUAUGACUAAUUUAACUGCACAGCAUCACAUACUUACCACUUGUAGUGUUUAAUUCGCGUUGGAGACAGGAUUUGGUUGAUAGAUUAAAAAAUAGAUUAAAAAAUAGAUGUUUUCUAGGUAACGCUAGCUGCUGACGUUAGCUAACAAUGGCUAACUGUAUGGUUUUUCACACUCAAAUAGCCUCCAUCAUGGAGGUACUAGCGAAUGCAGCCGUGGCAGAGAUCUGUAAACUCGUAGAUGACGACUAUGCAGUGUUUCGUUUGGAAAUAACUCAAAGCCAGAAAGAAAACAUGGUAUUGCGGAGGAAACUACUGGAACUGAAGGUGGCACGGGAGCGCGCAGAGAGGACAAUACGAGAGCGCGUCCUCGCCAGUCGUCCCAGUAGUGUCAAGAUCCUCGACCGAUACAGAGGAAUGGCAAGAGGUGAAGGUCAUCACACUGGAGGCAACAGGAGCUUUGUGAAGCCAGCAGGACACAAUACAUGGAGAGACGACCAACCAAUCACUGUUGAUGAGGGGAGUGGAACCUCAACCCAGAACGUUAUCGUGAUAGAAUCUGCAGAUGCAGAGGCUGUAGGUCCUGGGGUCAAACAGGAGAGGUCUGGAGGUGAGGAACCCCCACGACACAGCAGAGACAUACAGACUGGAGCAGCGUCUGGAGCGCCCUCUGUAGCAACAGAGGACCCCAUCACCACCCCAGCGCAGCCCAGAACCCGACACAGCAUCACGGAGGUCAGUGGAACGCAGAACGCCGUCCUCAAGUCAGAGACCGACACAGAGACUCUAACUGUAACACACAAAUUCUUACACACAGGAUCUGACCACAGAUCAGACCCAGAGAGACUAGGGCUACUGGGCUGUCCUCCUGCUCCCGGCUCAGAAUAUUUACCGGUAUUUCAUCAGAGCCAGAGGACGGUUAAUUCCCAUGGGGAUGUUGAUGGUGACGCAUUAGACACUGGCAGUGAUGAUCCAUCUUGUUCUUACACUACAGAGAUGGAUCCUGGCAAAAUGCCCUUGGGUUUAGAGACACAGACUGAUCUGUCUAGAGAGGACUGGAACCGGUACAGUAGUAGUGUAUACUCUAAAGGGUGCCUAGAUAAGAAAGGGGAGGUUAUAGUGGUAGAUGAGGUGAAAGUGGAGGGCGAUGCUCCUCCCAUAUGGAAUACAGAUAGUCACCUAGGAGACGGACACUCACAGGGCAGAGAUUUCUUAAAUUACAGGGGAAGCUUAGACACAAAUCUAAAUGUCGCCCCCCACUCCUCUUUAGAUGCGUUCAGGGGUCGUGACCCAGUGUUCACGUCGAUGGCACCUUCCGAUUCACACGGCCAGAUCCUUUUCGAUCAGGUAUUGAACUCAAACGACAGGGCUAGAGCCCAGGUUCAGGGAGAAGGAGCCACAUCAGGCAAUAGUAAAGAGAAACGAUUCCUCUGCAUGUUCUGUAACAAAGGCUUCAGCUGCCCCCAGAAGGUGGAGAGGCACCAGAGGGUACACACAGGGGAGAAACCCUUCAGCUGUACCCAGUGUGAGAAGAGGUUCUCCCGCCAGGACAACCUAAAGAUGCACCAGAGGGUCCACACAGGGGAGAAACCAUUCAGCUGUACCCAGUGUCACAUGCGCUUCGCCCUGGCUGGCAACCUGAAGAUGCACCUGAAGGUCCACACGGGAGAACGGCCGUUCGCCUGUACGCACUGCGGGAAGAGGUUCUCAGAGAGGAGAUACCUCAGGAUACACCAGCAGAAAAACCAUGCCACUCUAUGAUAUAGAAAGUAACCAUUCCAUUCGAUAGAUUGACGUUUAGAUCAAACCCUGCAAUAAAGACAAAGAUUAAUGUAUUGCCAGCAGAAAAGAUCCACCGAUUACUUUUGACUUACCAUAGCUGACUCUUAUUUACCCACAACAUAAUUUAUGUCCAACAUGAUGGGUUUAGCAACAAUUAAGUUAUUCAGUAACUACAGUAUAGGACUCAAACGAUGUGGGGAUAGGUAAGCUCUCCAUGUUGAUAGUGUGUUUAUUACCUGUGUGUGCAUCUAUGUCUGUUUAAUCUGUAUCACCUCUCUCUUCCAAGAGGGUCCAGAGAAAUAAUUCAUAUAUUACACUAGAUGACUGAUAAGGGGCGCUGUUUUGAAACCGCGCCUUCAUUUGGCACCCCCCCACCCUUGUAAACGAUAUUUGGGAAGCUACCGAAAUGCAUUUAUUAAUGUCUAUAUUUGUUUUUGCCCUGUUUAUUAUUAGACACCUUAUUGCAUACUUUUAAAUUAUAUUACGUGAGUUAAACAUUUAAAAAGGAAAAUUAAAAACAUUUUCCUUAAGUAUUAUUAUUUUUAAAGGUUCUAAUAUUUCUGUCCUUACUACAACAACAAAAAAUACUUGAAGCUGCGACCCAAACAAAUUCACAUAGAAAUGUGAGUUAUAGAUCUGUCAUUCUCAUUGAAAUCAAGUCUAAGAAGCAAUAGUUUUUGCGUCUUUUACUUACAGUUGCUUACACCAGCUUCAAACAAUUGACAAUACAAUAAGUUUGGUUUUGGAAAAUCUAUUUCACAGCAGUUUAGAUGGUAGAAUGAUUCUCUACACUAUACUUACUUGUUUUAUCACAAACUGAAAUUAGGUGAACUAUUAGACAUAAAAGAAAACACGAAAUGGCAGAGCGAUUCCUGCAAAGUGCAGCUUUAAAUACAUGUAAUUAUGUCCAUGAAACAUUUAAUUGAAAUACUAUAGAAUUCCAUUAAUUCCUAUGGAGGACUGCGCCUUCUGGGGAGUGCCAAUAUGGCCGACUGGUGGCUUUGAAGCCUCUCACUGGCCAAUAGGUCAUUAUCAAUCAAAUAUCCCAAUAAGAUGCAGAGUGUUCGAUUUGCCUGUUGGGGGGCAAGGAGACCCUAGCUCCUCUAAAGCCAUUGACAACUGCGUGCCUUUUAAGGGAUUGCAAAAUAAAGGUUAACUAUUUGGAUGUAAUAUCAUCACCUCUUGAAGAGCAUUGUCAGAACUACAAAUGUCCAUGCAAAAGAAUUGCGCACAUUUAGCUAUAUCGUCAGAGUUAUACAGCAAGUAACUGCAUGCUUUUAAUGAUCAGAAAACAUCAAUUGAUCAUGUAAUUUCAGAUAUGUGAGGGUAGACCACGAUAUCUCUCAAUAGGGGCCGUUAAUUGGAUAAUUGAGUGAUAUAAAAGUUAAUUAUAUCUGACAAGUAUGAGUGGUUUAGGUUAAUUUCCCAUUGUUUGUGGGCUCUGCUUGUCAAGUAGCAGAGGGGCACAUUUACCAAUGUAAUGUUAGCUGGUAAUGUUUACUUUGCAAGUUAGAAACUUUGUACAGUUGGCUAAACAUAGUGGUAAGUUGACCUAAUGUAAAUUUUUCUCCAACCAAUAUAGGCCUACCUAGCUAAGUUAGCUAACAUUAUCCCCUUUUCAACAUUGUUUUUCAGUGUGUGUAAUCACGAUUGCUGCUGACAGACAUGACAGGCUACAUUGAUUGAUGGACCAUGUCAAAUUGGCUAGAUAGCUAAUAACAGAUCACAUCAAUAUGGCUGGUUAAUAAGCUAACUUUUAGGGGAUAAACUAGAUGGCUAUAUCCAAAUAUUGUUUCAUGCCAUCUAUAGUGAUGAUGACAGUAGUCCGACUGACACCUUUUUCAAGACGAGGACUUGCCGAUGUCGAGCCUAAUCUCCUGAUACAGCAAGCUAAAUUAUGCAUGUUGUUUGCUUAGCUAGCUAGCUACAUGCCAAAUGGAUAGGCUACCAUCGCUUAUCUGAAAAUACAGUGCCUUUAGGAAGUAUUCACACCUCUUGACUUAUUCCACAUUUUGUUGUGUUCCAACCUGAUUUCAAAAGGGAUUACCCCAUAAUGACAAAGUGAAAACAUGUUUUUUUAAACAUUUCUAAUGUAUUGAAAAUGAAAAAGCUAAAUAUCACAUUUACAUAACUAUUCAAACCCCUAAGCCAAUACAUUGUAGAAUCAUCUUUGGCAGCGGUACGUAUCUAACAGCUUUGCACACCUGGAUUGUACAAUAUUUGCACAUUCUUCUUAAAAUUCUUCAAGCUCUGUCAAGUUGGUUGUUGGCCAUCAGGUCUUGUCAAAGAUUUUCAAGUCAAUUUAAGUCACAACUGUAACUAGGCCACUCAGGAACAUUCAAUGUCAUCUUGGUAAGCAACUCCAGUGUAGAUUCGGCCUUGUGUUUUAGGUUAUUGUCCUGCUGAAAGAUUUAUUUGUUUCC